UCUUUUCUUUACAGAGACAGAAUUAUAGACAAGGAAGCACAGAGAGUGAAUCUGGUGAAAAGUUUAAAACGUUGUAUCAUUGCCUUCAUGACAGCCCUUUCAAAUGAUCAAAAACUUCAGAGGAAAAGAACAAGUAUAUGCAAAGGAAAUGAAGGGUGUCAGCACUCCCUCUCAGCUAGAGGUUUGCCCAUUCUGCGGGAAACCAUUCAAAAGACUGAAAACCCAUCUACCUCACUGUAAAUUGGCCAAGGCUGACAAAAAGACAGUAGCAGCUGAAAGCCAACUCACAGGCAAAAAGACAAAGCAGCAGAAGAACGUCUUGUUGGAAUCUUCACAGAAAAAAAAUAAGAGUAAAACUGGAAGGACCGGAGAAUUAGGCAAGCUGCUUCAGGAGAACAGUGGACCAUCUACACUGCCAAAAGAGUGGAGCACAGCUACUAAAAGGAAAAAGCCAAACCUUCAACCAAAGGAACAGCAACAGCAAGUGAGCCUAACCAUAGAGACAGAACAGAAGAGACAUUUAAGUGCAGACCAAGAGUUAAUCAGUGACUCAGAUAUACAGCAUUUGGGUACUGUAACCAUUUUUGGUACCAACAGCAGUUUAAGUUCAGUGAAAGAAUGUUUUGAAAGGGACCAAAAUCCUCACAGUAUUAUGAAGGUGAAGUUAUCAAAAGAGGCUGAAGCAAAAAAUCAUCGAGCAAUGCCUGCAAAAUUGUCUUCAGGAAUCCUCAAAGACUCGGAUACUAAAUGGAAUGCAAGUGGUAGUACAGGAGCACAGCAUAUAGGCCACACAGAUAUAGGACAUCAAACACAUGGUGCAGCAGACAGAAGGAAGCUAUCAGAAUUACCUGUGAGUAAAGGGGCCACCACAGAAUGGAGCAAAGGAGAAUCUCUUGCUACUGGGAGAAAAGAAGUUUGGGACCACAUAAAUCAUUCAUUAGGGAGAUUGUACUGGUAUGAACAAGAGCAAUCUGCCUCAGCUGCCUUCCAGUUGCCCAGUCCAUGUGUUCCAUUUGGAACUUUAGCACUGAAAAGUGCAAAAUCCUUAAGUGCUACCUCUACUUUGAAAUCAGUUCAGAACAGUGUUAUAAGCCAUGAAGUUAUUUGUAACAUUCAACCAAUGGAAAUAAACAGACAACUCUUGAAGACCAGCUCUGGGCCAGUCCUUCAACAAGAAGCUUCUUUGACCAGGAGUGUGGUGUCAGCCUGCCCUCUGGGACUGCAGUGGUUUCCUGAGCUGUACCCUAAUUAUAUCAGUCUGCGAUUCAUUUUAGGGAGACAGAGCCAUGGCAACAUAGAGUGGAACACCAACACGAUUGAUGCACCCAAGGGGGCAGAUCAUGAUACCCCCCUUGCAUUAAGAAAUGUGAUGGAUGUCAGGAUGAGAGAGUUUCCAUUAUGGAUAGCUAAUCAUUUCUCCAUCAGAACCUUACCUGGAGCUGUACAGAAAGCUUGGGGACAGUAUUACUCCAAAUACAUCAAUGUGAAGAAAGGAGGCAUUGGAGGCCUGACGAUGUUGCUGGCUGGAUACUGUAUUUUGAGCUACACGUGGAACUACGAUCACAUAAAACAGGAUCGCUGGAGGAGGUACCACUGAGAACAGCACAUGUUCCUGCCUUAGCAAUGAGUGUUUUGUUGUGCCUUCCUGCCAAGCAUUGUGUGAGACUGUAACAUUACCAGGGGCCUUACUCAUUUUGCCCAUUGCAGUUAAAUUUUGUUGUGUUUUUCUACAAAUCUAAAACAUUUGAGUGUGCGAUAUGGGAUGCAAGCAACCUGAAAGGGGGUCCUCCACCCACAGUGUUUUUGCAUGAUGAAAGACAAAUUCUAAACACCUCCUCAUUACAAGUGAAAAAAACAUUUUGAAGGUUAAUUUAUAAAUAUAAUUGCAAUAUAGAACAGUGUUUGUUUAUUCCUGUUUGUCCUCUAGUUCUGACAGAAAAUACUGCAAGAACGUAGAAUUCUAAUGUUCUGUGUAAAACUGCUGCCUGAGCCCUUAACCAUUUAGGGUAUGCAUAUUAAUAAAAAUAAUAACAUGC